AUGGGUCAUAGUCCGUCGCCAGCGCCCACACACCGCGCCGCAGAUAGCCGCCCAGCUCCAGUCCCCCGCCCCCGCCGCCGCCUGCGGCCGCGUCUGAGCCGCAAGCCCCAGGGGCGAUCGCAUCGCUUGUCCGGCUGCGACGUAAACACGACGCGUCGCCGAGCUCAUGUUCCAUUUCGCGACACAUAUAUAUACGGUGGCGUCGGCGGCUUGCCACCGUCGCCACCAGCGAUGCCCCCAGCGCCCGAACGCACACAAAGCUCUCGGAUGCAACAGGAUAUUGCUUAUCUACACACGUCUCGACGGCUCGUGGCCCGUCAGCCAGACGUCGUGGCCCAGUUCUUGGCGCUGGACGCCGCCACCGACGAAACCUUGCGCCUGCCCGCCGCGGACCCCUGCGGGUUCUCGGAGCUCGUGCACACUCAGCCGAUUCGGGCUGCAACGUUGACGGCUCAGGCAGCGCUCAGAGCCGCCAGGGCCGCCUCCAGGUCCGCGGUCGAAACGACGCCGCCGGCGCCGCCGGCGCCACCGGAGUUUAACGCACGUGACGUGGACGCGCAUGUGUCACUCUUGACGGAACGGGCGGCGGACUGCGCACGUGACCGUGCUUUCGUCCUGGCGCGCGUAUCUUCCUCCUCAUCGUCGGCGUCCCCAUGCUCAUCGUCCCCAGACGCCGACACGGCAGCGGGCGCACUUGCGCAAACUGCCAGCGACUGCGCCAGCGCCCGCGAGGCGCCGCGCAGCUCGCGCGCAUCGUCCGUGCUCUCGUCGUGCGCGGCCCUCGAGUGGCUCGUCCGCGCCGAAAGCGCAUGGGACCACGACGUGGCGCUUGGCUCAACCGCGCCGACCGCCGCUCUUCCCGCGUGCCACCUACCGCGUGUGCUACCUCUGCCGCUUGAAGACAUUGUUGUGCAGUGCCGCGCGCAUGCGGCCGCUCCUGCAGAUGCCAAGCGCGCAUUUGAUUCCGAAGACUACUCCAAUUACACCACAGCACCGCCCAGCAAACGUUCAUGUACAGAAACUACACAUGGACCCGAGGCCGAGUUUGUGCGGGUGAUCACCCACAAACUCGCCCGCUACUGCAGCUAUUGCACUGCGGAUUCCAGUGAACAAGACCGCUGCGACAAAAUCCGCAUGCAAGAGAUCGCAUACCGGCUGGGCAAGACAGAUUACCAUCACGACACGCAGGACGUGUACGUGAGCGAAAUCCGCUAUAUAACCUCAGAACCCGCAGUCACUAUGGACGGCGACCUCGAAUCGUUGGACCCUUUCGAAGGCGAUUUCCCGGGUUUCUACCUAUAG